AUGUCGACCGAUUCUGCCAUUUCAAUUGCAUGGGAUGUUUUAAAGUGCUUAGUUGCUCCCCUCAAGCGUGGAUUCAGCUACGUCAUGUCCUCCAAGAGCUACGCCGACAAUCUUCGGAAGGAAGUCGGGAAUCUGGAGUACGAGGCUGAGAGGAUCCGCCAUGCCGCGGAAGGGGCCGAAAACAAUCUACGAAGUAUCCACGGAUGGGUAGGGGAGUUUCUGGCAAGUGCUGAGAAGGCCUCGAUAGAGGCGGGAGACCUGUUGGGCGAAUUCGAAAAGGCGAGCAGGACUUGCUGCCACAGGACUCUUCCCGACCCCAAUUGUCGCUAUCAGUUCAGCAGGAAGGCCAACCACAAGACCGGUGACCUUAAGAAUCUCAUUCUAGAAUGCAGUAACAGGGAGAUCUCCUUCAGCGGUCCUGCUCCUGGUGAUGUCGCUGCUCUAAUUCGAGCUGGGAGAGAAGGCAAAGAUGUCGUCCAGUCGACCACCACAGCGGCCUCCGCUUCUUCUGUCGACUUCGAAUCCAGAGCUUUGAUGAUACGGAACAUCAUGGACGCUCUUGUGGAUAACCGCUAUAGCGUGGUCGGGGUUCACGGGAUGGGCGGGGUCGGCAAGUCCACCCUUUUGGUGGAUGCUGAGAAGAGAAUAAGGGAAAAAAAUUCGUUCGAUUGGGUAGCUAAGGCUGACGUGUCGCAAAAUCCAGACGUCAAGAAGAUUCAAGAAGAGAUUGCGCACUGGUUGGGCCUUAGUGACAUAAAGAAGGAAGACACUGUCAGUUUGCGAGCGAAGCUUCUGCGCGAGAGGUUGGAAGAUUUGGAGAGGAAGAAAAACAAGGUCCUCAUAAUAUUGGACAAUCUAUGGGAGCAGCUUGACUUGAAAGUAGUCGGCAUUCCUUGUGGAGUCGACAACAAAGUUAUAGGAUGCAAGAUGUUAUUGACGUCGAGAGAUCGAAAUGUUUUGCAAAGGGAUAUGGCCUGCGACAAGGAGUUCCCACUUGAUAUGCUGGAGGAAAACGAGGCAAGAACAUUGUUUGAGAGGAUGGUGGGAGACAAAGUUCACGACGACGAGUUCAGAACCUUGGUGGAUGAAGCCCUCCGCAAAUGCGCACGUUUGCCUUUGCUAAUUGUCACAAUGGCGAAACAUUUCAAAAAUGCUGGUUUAUCUGAAUGGAGGGAUGCUUUGAAUCAAAUUGAGCGGUGUUCAAACGAAGGGGUAAGUGCAGUGAUAAAUAAGAUGUUGCAAUUGAGUUACGAUCAUUUAAAAAGCGAGGAGGCCAAAAGUUUGUUACAACUUUGUGUUACUUAUGGCGUCUCCGAGCCCUCUCUUGAAAACUUGAUGAGGUACGGCAAUGGUUUGGGGAUAUUUCCAAAAGAUAGCAGCAUGAAUGAAGCUAGGGAUAGGUUGAACACACUUAUCCGCACUCUUCAAGCCUCCUCCCUUUUGUUAGACAAUGGAGGCACAGACAGGUUCAAGAUACAUGAUUUGGUUCAUGACUUUGUUGCUGAGUUUGUUUUAAGAGAUCGCCUCCUUCUCGUGUCGAAAGAUAAAGAUAUGUCGGCAACACAAUUGCAAAAUGAGAGGCUCAAAAGUUGUUCGGCGAUAUGCUUUCCCUAUAUUGACAUGGAGGAAAGUCCCAAAGAAAUAGAUUGCUCCGAAUUGCGCAUCUUUUUGCUUUUCAACAAUAAUCCAUCUCUUCUGGUUUCAAAUUCAUAUUUCAACUCUAUGAGGAAACUUGCUGUCAUAGAUCUUACUAGAAUAAUUCUCACUUGUUCACCGACGCCAUUUCAGUUCUUGGAGAACUUACACACUUUGUGUCUCCGGAGUUGUUUGGUAGAGGAUGUGGCCAUUCUUGGCAAGCUAAAAGGGCUUCAAAUUCUCAGCUUUAUGAACUCCAGUAUUGAACGAUUGCCAAAAGAAAUUGGACAACUAGUAGAGCUGAGGUUGUUGGACUUGAACAAUUGUUUAUAUCUUCAGAAAAUUGAACCGGGUGUACUUGGAAGAUUGAUCAAAUUGGAGGAGUUGUAUAUGGAGAAUAGCUUUAAUAAAUGGAAUCCCAUGGAGCAAACUCAACCAACUAAUGCUAGUCUGAUUGAGUUGAAUCACAUGAAGAAUCUCUGCACUCUACAUGUCCUUAUUCCCGAUCCAAGUGUGCUCCCAAAGGACCUAAAUGUGAAGAAAUUAAGCAAGUACAACAUCCAAAUAGGUAAUACAUGGUACCGGUGGAGCAGAUACAAAGGAUUGAGGACAUUGGAGCUCACAUUAAAUUCAACAAGCGAUGUUAUUCAGAAAGGAUGCAUACAGAGUUUCUUAAGCAAAACUGACAACCUAUAUUUGGAGGAGUUGAACGAAACUGAGCAAAGUAUUUGUGCAUUGUCCCAAGAAGGACCAAUAGAGGCGUCAAAGUUGGAGAGAGUUCAAGUAUCGAAAGCAUCGUGGUUUUGGGAGGGAAGCCUCAACAUCACCAUCCAGAAUAUGUUUGAAGAAGUGGGUACAUUUGCUGGAGCAAAGAACAUGCUGCUAUCUGAGUUCCCCAAGCUGAUUGGAAAAUGGCAUAAUGAACUUAAUCCCAUCAAGUCGUAUUGGCAAUUAGAAUCAUUGGUGGUAGAUAAAUGUCCAUCAUUUGUCAACGCUAUUCCAUCCAAAUUGAUGCUUGUAUUAAACAAUUUAUACUUUUUGCAAGUGCGCGAUUGCGAGGUGCUUGAAGAAAUAUUUGAUUUGGAAGGGCUAGAGGCUGUGGAAAGCACUCGAGUGCUGCCUCAGCUAUGGGAAUUGAACUUGGUCAAUCUACCACAAUUGAGGCGACUGUGGAACAAAGAUCUUCAAGAAUUGCUAUGCUUCAAUUCUCUAAAAAAUCUCAUCCUUUAUAAUUGCAGCAACUUGGGACAUGCUUUCUCUCCAUCGAUGGCUCGAUGCCUUGCCAAUCUUGAACUAAUGGAAAUAAAGGAGUGUGGUCAGAUGGAAGGAGUGAUCGUAGAGGAAGAAGGAGAGGGAAGCGCAAUGGAGAAGAUUACAUUCCCAAAGCUCAAGCGGAUGACUAUGGAAUACUUGCCCAAUUUGACUUGUUUCCUCUUGGGAAAAAAUCAUAUGCUGGAAUGCGCCACAUUACAAGUGCUGAAAAUUGCCCAUUGCCUAGAGAUGAGAAGUUUGAUUAGGCAAUCUUGGAUGGAGAAUGACCAUGGCACCCCCUCACUUUUCACUCUCCAGCCUGUAAUCGCUUCUCGAAGCUCGCCUCCUCGUGCGCAUGCAUGCGUGGGUCCGAGUGAUUAUGCGGCGAAGCUUGUUGGUUAUGGUGUGUCGAAGUGGAUCUCCGAUGCGAAAGCGAUUAUGGCGUCGAUUCGGUUGGGCGUUGAUUCCGACGAAGAAAAAUUUAAAAAUCUUCUCUUCAACCCUCUCUUCCUCCUCCUUCGUCCACAGCCGCCCGACCUUUGCCCCUCCUCCGUUGUCGCCAACGGCGGAGUCACCGACGGCUUGAUUAGGCUGACCCUCGCUAUGUCCAAGCCGAGCAUGGCCAGCUUCCUCCGGCUUCCUCUGAUUUGUCUAUCUCAUCGUUCUAUAGAUCUCAAAAUCUUGUCAUCCAUAGCGACGGAGUUGCAGAUCUGGAAGUUUGACCACCGUCGCUCGCAGCCAUGGACGAGCCGCUGUCGCUAG